UUGGGUAUCAGUUAGUUGUGCCGCCUGGCUGUGCCCCUUGCUUCUUGUGUUUUGGCUCAAAUCUGCUGCUUCGGUUAUAGACGGCGACCAUGGCGAAUGGCUUCAGCAGCUGAGGUGAUGACUGGUGAACCAUUGCUGGAUGUUUAGCUUGCUGUGCGGCCUCUGGCAAUGGCUGCAUCAAAAAGAGGAGCGACGAAUGGUCUUGUUGGGAGUGGACAAUGCCGGAAAGACUACGACGCUGGAGCAGCUGAAGGCCCUCUUCGGGCUGAAAGCAAUGCCACCUGAAAGGAUCCCACCAACCAUUGGCUUCAACAUUGGGCGGAUCCAGAUUGACAAGGUCAUUGCGGUCUUUUGGGAUUUGGGUGGCCACGCAUCUUUCAGAUCUGUUUGGCACAACUACUAUCCAGAAGUCCAAGGCGUGAUGUUCGUGGUGGACUCUGCGGACGCUUCUCGGCUUGAGGAGGCAAAGCGGACACUGCUGGAGGUGGUGGGCCACGAACAGCUCAAAGGGGUGCCUCUACUGUGUUUGGCCAACAAGCAGGACAAACCAGAAGCGAUCAGUGUGCAGGAGUUAUCUCGGUUUUUCGAGUUCGAGCAGGUCUUUGGUGACAGGUGCAAUUCGUUCCAGCCCCCCAAAGCCACAUGAUGUCCCUUGCGUCGUACAUCAGCGGCAGAAUCCUUCGCGUUGAAGUUGUUUGUUUUCUUGGGUUUGUGUGGGAUGUGUGCACACGGCCAGGGCCUUCCAUGUGCAUCCCUGCUGUGCCUUACAGGGACAGGGCCUGGAGGCUGCGGUGAGGUGGCUCUUGGCUGAAGCUGACAAGUUGGAGAGAAGGUGAAACGUGUGUGGGUUACAGGCUGACCAGCCCCAAGCUGAGCCAAAGCGACUUCCCACGUGCUGCUCUCUGGCUGGUCGGUGGUGUAGACUGCAGCGUGGAGGGUAGAGGCCCCAAAGUGCAGGGCGGAACCCUCACCCUACGACGAGGUGCUGAUGCCGUGAAGAGAGGUGAGUUGAACGUGCUGCGUGAUCAAAAACGAGGGUCGGUGCAUGAGAAAACUGUGAUCGCUGGACAAGAGAGCUAUCCCGCUACAUUGAAUGUGCUAGAAGGGCUUUGCAAUUUUUGGUUUGCGAUCGAUUUCUUGUUGAUACGCACUGCUGAUCAAGGAUG